AUGCCAGAGAGGCCUGUCACCAUCGCAUACGCCGCAGGGGCUGGUCUCGCUGCAAUAGCGCUGGUCUACGUCUUCCAACCUACCUUCUUCAUCGACGGAGAUUCUGCCGGAACAUCUGCCAGCUCGCGCAAGAGGGGGAUAGUUGGCUUAUCGAAUUCCGCCAAUGAUUGCUUCAUAAAUUCUGUAUUGCAAGCAUUGGCAGGCUUGGGAGAUUUGCGCAUAUAUUUGAUCAGGGAGACACACAGAAGGAAAUUGGACGACGCACAGAUAUACGCUCAUGUUGUGGACGACCCAGUGCGCAAAGGCCUUCCGGCAUGGAAACUAGAGGGCUUACAAGCUGGGACUGUGACACAUGGGUUAAAAGAAAUUUUGGAUUCGUUGAAUGAGCGCCCAAUAUACCGGAAGACAAUAUCAGCGACCGGGUUCGUUACAGUGCUGGAGCAAGCCUUUAGGCAACGAAUAUCACGCCAACAACAGGACGCUCAGGAGUUUCUGCAAAUUGUUGCGGAGCGGUUAUGCGACGAGUACCACGCAGGACAGAGGGCAAGGGAACGUGCGAACCAGCUGGCAUUGAAUGGCGAAAACCCCACCCUUGAUCGAGACAACACUCCUCCAGAUGGUUCCUCGAGCCAGCCGACUAUAGAAGUCGAUAAUGGAUUCCUUAAUGGUGGCAGAAUAUUGGACACGGAAUCAAUAUCAAACGGCGCUGGAGAUGGCACAGAAUCACCUCACCCCAACGGAUUACUGGACAACUCGGAGGAGGGCUUUCCUCUUGAAGGAGGCUCCGAACAACAAAUUGAAUGCUUGACGUGCAAAUUUAAACCCAAACCCACCGGAACCACAUUCUGCACGCUAUCACUAAGCGUACCGCAAGUCAGUUCAACGACACUCAAUUCAUGCUUCGACGGCAUGUUCAAAACAGAAUAUAUAGAAGAUUUCAAAUGCGAGAAGUGCCGGCUCAUUCAUGCCCUGACCAUGUUCAAGGAGGAGUACGCGAAAUCGAAUUCCGAGAAGUAUAAAACGAAAAUAGAAAACGCUAUAAGUCAACUAGAAGAUGCCAUAGAGACGAAUCCCGAAAAAGAGCUCAACGAUGUCGAGUUACCAAAUAUAAAAUUUGCUCCCAAGCGGAAAAUAGCAAAGCACGUACGGAUCACGAAAUUCCCCAAAAUUCUUGCCAUCCAUCUAUCACGGUCUAUUUUCGAUAUCAAUUCCACUAUGAAAAAUUCCGCCAAGGUCUCUUUCCCCGAACGGUUACGGUUAGGAGGGCUGCUUGACCGCAAGAUGUACCGACUUAUCAGCGUCGUAUGUCAUAAGGGCAGUCAUCACUCAGGGCACUACGAGUCAUUCCGACGGCAGUAUAUGUCACCCCCCUUCUCCACGCCGAAUACGUUCCACGUCGCUGGCGUGUACUCCAAGCCUCCAACCCCGAAUGCUUCGCUACUAUCAACCCCUCAGAUAACCGCAUUACGCAAACCAGAUGACUAUAGUGGAGAUAUCAGCCCGGCAAUAUCAACGCCAGAACUUCUGUCGAGCUCUCCUGACUCGGUAUCCGGCACCUCCAUCCCUCCUCUCAACGGAGUAGGGUCACCCAGUAGCUCAACCAUUAACAUCAACGGGCGGCCCAUCUCAAAUUCUCCUCCCACGUCCUCGGGCAAAUCAAGUAAAGCCAAUGGCCCAACCUCCUCUCCCAACAACGACGCGGAAACAAGCAGUAUCCGCUCUUUAGCCCGCUCCGCAAAAUCAACCCUCUCCAAAGUCCACCGCUCCUCCUCUACAAGUACUAGAGAUCGCUCCGAAAGCAACACUAAUAACGCUAAAGAAACCGCUCCGAAACCAUCAGUCGCCGAUGUACUGCGUGGUGGGAGUAAAGCCAAGCGCGCUAGUAGUCGCUGGUGGCGAAUCUCAGACGAAAAAGUCAAAGAGAGCAAGACGAGUGAUGUAUUAGGCAUGCAGCGAGAAGUUUAUAUGCUAUUUUAUGAGUUAGAGAAGGAUGAUGACGGCCGUUCAUAG